UUUCUCCCCUCCAGGCCUGAGCGAGAGGGAAGGCAAGAUGGCGGACAAGGCGCCCAGCGGCUCGCAGAAGGCCAGUGGGAAGGUCAGAGCGCCAGAUGCAGUACAUACCACUGGAUCUACUGAUGCACACCCUGUAAUGGAAAGCAAACUUAAAGCAUUCAGUAUUGGCAAAAUGAGUGCUGCCAAACGGACUCUGAGCAAGAAGGAGCAAGAAGAAUUAAAAAAGAAGGAGGAUGAGAAGGCUGCUGCAGAAAUUUAUGAAGAAUUCCUUGCUGCCUUUGAAGGAAGCGAUGGUAAUAAAGUGAAAACAUUUGUAAGAGGAGGAAUCGUUAAUGCAUCUAAAGAGGAGCAUGAAACAGAUGAAAAACGGGGUAAAAUCUAUAAGCCUUCAUCACGGUUUUCAGAUCAAAAAAAUCAACCAAGCCAGCCAUCUAAUGAGAAGCCUCCAUCCCUCUUAAUGAUAGAAACGAAAAAGCCUCCUUUGAAGAAAGGAGAGAAGGAAAAGAAAAAGAGUAAUUUGGAACUUUUUAAAGAAGAAUUAAAGCAAAUACAAGAGGAGCGUGAUGAAAGGCAUAAAACAAAAGGUAGAUUGAGUCGUUUUGAGCCACCCCAGUCAGACUCAGAUGGCCAGCGUCGUUCAAUGGAUGCUCCUUCAAGAAGAAACAGAUCAUCUGGUGUACUGGAUGAUUAUGCACCAGGGUCACAUGAUGUUGGAGAUCCAAGCACAACAAAUUUGUAUCUUGGAAACAUUAAUCCUCAAAUGAAUGAAGAGAUGUUAUGUCAAGAAUUUGGACGCUUUGGACCAUUAGCAAGUGUUAAAAUUAUGUGGCCAAGAACUGAUGAAGAAAGAGCAAGAGAAAGAAAUUGUGGCUUUGUGGCCUUUAUGAACAGAAGAGAUGCUGAAAGAGCAUUAAAGAAUUUAAAUGGCAAGAUGAUUAUGUCAUUUGAAAUGAAGCUAGGCUGGGGCAAAGCUGUACCUAUACCACCACACCCAAUAUACAUUCCGCCUUCUAUGAUGGAGCAUACCCUCCCGCCUCCUCCGUCAGGACUGCCUUUUAAUGCCCAGCCUAGGGAGAGAUUGAAGAAUCCCAAUGCUCCAAUGUUACCACCACCAAAAAACAAGGAAGAUUUUGAGAAGACUCUGUCGCAAGCCAUAGUCAAAGUGGUUAUCCCAACAGAAAGGAAUUUGCUCGCUUUGAUACACCGAAUGAUAGAGUUUGUGGUACGGGAAGGGCCUAUGUUUGAAGCCAUGAUCAUGAACCGAGAAAUCAACAAUCCAAUGUUCAGGUUUUUAUUUGAAAACCAGACUCCAGCCCAUGUUUAUUACAGAUGGAAGCUUUAUUCAAUUCUUCAGGGAGAUGCUCCAACCAAGUGGAGGACAGAAGAUUUCCGAAUGUUCAAGAAUGGAUCAUUUUGGAGGCCACCACCAUUGAACCCGUACUUGCAUGGGAUGUCAGAAGAGCAAGAAACAGAAGCAUUUGUGGAGGAAACGAACAAGAAGGGUGCACUUAAGGAAGAACAGAGGGACAAAUUAGAGGAAAUUCUGCGUGGAUUGACUCCUCGGAAGAAUGACAUUGGCGACGCAAUGGUUUUCUGUCUAAAUAAUGCGGAAGCUGCUGAAGAAAUUGUAGACUGCAUUACAGAAUCAUUGUCCAUUCUGAAGACUCCUCUUCCAAAGAAGAUUGCAAGAUUAUAUCUCGUGUCAGAUGUGUUAUACAACUCUUCAGCUAAAGUUGCCAACGCUUCCUACUAUAGAAAAUUUUUUGAAACAAAAUUAUGUCAGAUAUUCUCUGAUCUCAAUGCUACUUACCGUACAAUACAAGGCCAUUUACAGUCUGAAAAUUUCAAGCAACGGGUAAUGACGUGCUUCCGAGCAUGGGAAGACUGGGCAAUCUAUCCAGAACCAUUUCUGAUCAAGCUACAGAAUAUAUUCUUGGGGCUUGUAAAUAUCAUGGAAGAUAAAGAAACAGAGGAAGUACCAGAUGAUCUUGAUGGAGCUCCCAUUGAGGAAGAACUUGAUGGUGCACCACUAGAAGAUGUGGAUGGAAUUCCCAUUGAUGCUGCUCCCAUUGAUGAUCUUGAUGGAGUCCCAAUUAAAUCAUUGGAUGAUGACCUCGAUGGAAUUCCUUUGGAUGCGGCUGAAGACUCAAAAAAGAAUGAGCCUAUAUUUAAAGUUGCUCCUUCGAAGUGGGAAGCAGUGGAUGAAUCAGAACUGGAAGCUCAAGCUGUUACUACUUCUAAGUGGGAGCUUUUUGAUCAACAUGAAGAAUCUGAAGAAGAGGAAAUUCAAAAUCAAGAAGAAGAAAGUGAAGACGAAGAAGACACACAGAGUUCCAAGUCGGAAGAACAGCACAUAUAUUCCAAUCCCAUUAAAGAAGAAAUGCCUGAAUCCAAGUCAUCAGUCAAAUAUUCAGAAAUGAGUGAAGAAAAGCGUGCCAAACUUCGAGAGAUAGAGCUUAAGGUGAUGAAGUUUCAGGAUGAGUUAGAGUCUGGGAAAAGACCCAAGAAACCAGGCCAGAGUUUUCAGGAACAGGUUGAACACUAUAGAGACAAGCUGCUCCAGAGGGAGAAAGAAAAAGAGUUGGAAAGAGAGCGGGACAGAGACAAAAAGGACAAGGAAAAAUCUGAAACCAGGUCCAAAGAUAAGAAAGAAAAGGAGGAAUGUACACCAACAAGAAAAGAGAGGAAAAGACGACACAGUGCUUCCCCCAGCCCCUCUCGAAGCAGUGGCAGCAGACGAGCGAAAUCUCCGUCACCGAAAUCGGAACGCUCUGAACGCUCCGAACGCUCCCACAAAGAGAGUUCUCGUUCUCGGUCGUCACAUAAAGAUUCUCCCAGAGAUGCCAGCAAGAAAGCCAAAAGGUCACCAUCUGGCUCGAGGACACCCAAAAGAUCAAGAAGAUCACGAUCCAGAUCCCCUAAAAAGUCAGGGAAAAAGUCCAGGUCUCAGUCCCGUUCUCCUCACAGAUCUCACAAGAAGUCAAAGAAAAGCAAACACUGACAAUGUUAAUAUUUUUUAUGAUGCUGUCACCUACUGGAAAUGCGGUUUUGUUUUUGUGCCUGAACAGUCUGUUAAAAAACAAAAAAGCAUUCCUGAUUUUUUAAAUUGUUUUGUUUGUUUUGUUUUGUUUUUUUUUUUUUUUUGUGAAUGCACGUGUAUACUCAUGAGUAUCAGCAUCUGUAGACCUGUCAUUGUUUUAUAUUGUACAAAAUACCUUCAUUGUGACUAUUUCCCAAAAGAAACAUUUUUGUGUUUAGAAGUUUCAUCAGAAAUGUGUGUAACUGAUCUGCUGGCAGUAGUGCUAUUUUGUUUUAGAAUGUUGUGACAUAGCAGAAAUAACUCAAAUGUUCCCCCUUUUUUGUAGCUUGACAAUUUGAAUUAGAUUUCAAAUAAAA